AUGGAAGGAAAGAAAAGCGGCGGUGCUCGGGGCGGCUUACCAUCGAGCUAUAGAGGCGUUCGUAAGAGAAAAUGGGGUAAAUGGGUGUCUGAAAUCCGUGAGCCUGGAAAAAAGACAAGAAUCUGGCUAGGGAGCUUCGAGACACCGGAAAUGGCGGCCUCGGCUUACGAUACGGCGGCGUUACAGCUCAGGGGUGACGAUGCACGUCUUAACUUCCCGGAGCUGGUGCAUUGUCUUCCCAGGCCAGCCAGUUCCAAUGCCGAAGAUAUCCGAAAGGCUGCCCACGAGGCAGCCUCGUGGACCAGGACUAAUGCAGCAGUGUCCAACGCCGGCAGCUCCAGUGGCAGCACCGGUCCGGUCAGGGUGAGGCUUUCGCAGAGCCAAAUUCAGGCUAUCAAUGAGUCCCCUAUGGACUCACCCAAGACGUGGAUGCAAAUGUCGGAGGCAUUGAUGAUGGAUGAAUCAAUGAUGUAUUGCACUAAGAAUGAGGAGAAUGAGUGGGAAGAUAUGCAACUCGAUUCUCUUUGGGAUACUUAGGUAACAU